AUUAGAUCAGGCUAAUUUUGUGUCAUUUUGGAAAAAUAACAAUAAAAAAGUACAUGCUCUGUACUUGUUUUGAUGGUAUAGAAUACUAACUUAGGUACACUCAAGUUGUUUUUUGCAACUUUUUGGGGGUCUCAGAUUUCAGAAGGUGUUAAUUGAAUUAUUUUCAAGCAACAGGUGAAUUAUAGUUUUUCGUGUUUUUCUACGUCAGAAUUCACUAUUUCUAAUCAAGAAAUCGUAUAUAUGUUUUUGAUGUAAGCACGGAAAAUCAUAGUUUUGCGACCGCCGAUACGACAAAUCCUCUUCAAAAAAUUACAUCGUUUAUCUUUGUGCACCUGAAAGUGAGUUUACAGUGACAUAACUCAGGAAGUAGACAGAAUACGAAUUGUCGCAAAACUACGAUUGUUCUCCACGAUGCACUCGAACGUUGUGCCAAAAAUCUUGUAAAAAUUUCAUAUUCCGACUCUGAAUUUUAGGGUUUUGUAAUCAUAACUUUAUUUCAAAAGCCAAAAAGUGUAAUAUGUAUUCAAUAAAUCUAUGAAAAGUACUCAACUGCCUAGAAAAUCCACCAGGACGAUCAUAGCGCCAUUUUGUUUUCAAAGAAUCCGCUGUACAUACGAACUUCGGCUAUUUCUUAGUUUUUGUCACUACCCCACUCCCCCUCAAUGGUAAUAUUUCUGUUGUUGCUAUGGAUGACGACAUUUCCGGUCUACUUCAAGCGCGUGCGCCAACUAGACAGUCUUGUCAAGAUGGCGCCUUCGAAGAAGAAAAAGAAAACUAAACAAGAAUUAAAGCUUUUAGCUAUAGCGAGAGGCAAGAAAGCUGCUCAGAAAAGAGGAAAAGGUGUUGGAAGUAGACUAGAGAUGACUUUACCGUCCAAGUGGCGCCAUUCUACAUACAAACGAGGGAGUGAAGUCAGGAUGAAGUUCACAAGUCCAGGGAAAACCGUAUACAAACAACAUUCGGAAGUUAAGAAAACCCUCAAAGAAAGAGACAUGUCGGACUGUAUUAAUGAAGAAAUAUUUGCUAGUAGCAGUUCAAGCUCAGAGCCUGACACAGACGAAUUUCGUGGGUCAUCAGAAGAGAGUGACCAUGAACAACAAGGUGAUGAUAACUUGUGUGUGAAGAUGGAAAGACGGCUAUUUGUAUGUGAGACAACACAACUCAUGGAUUUGGUGGAUCAGAUAAAUCAAACUUCUCGAUGUUGUACUAUUGAUUGCAACGGCAUUCUUGUUCUUGCUAAAGUUGAGCCAACUGGUCAUGGAGGUUCCUUGAAAGCCCUCUUUGUAUGUAACAGCUGCAAGCUAAGAGAAGUUAACUUUCAAGGGUCUGCAUAUGUUGAAGGUUCAAAAAGAACAGUUGUUGGACUUGCUCUUGGCGUGGCAUUCUUUAUCUCUGGGCAUGGCUUUGCCAAAUUUGAAAGAACACUAAGACAUUUCCUUGGCAUAAGUUGUGUAUCCAAAAACCCCUAUUAUGACAUCAUUAAGAAGGUUUAUCCCGUGAUCACUGAAAUACUGGAUGAACAAUGCAAUGAAGCAAAGGAUCAAAUGAAAGCAAAGGAAUUAGAUGAGUUGGGAAGUUGGAAGAAGGCUGUUGUAACCUCAGAUGGUGUUUGGCACACCAGAGGCUACUUCAGCAAGAAUGGGACAUUCAUUAUUAAGAAUUACAUGACGGGAGGUUUGCUCUGGUAUGGGCACAAGUGCAUGAGAGGAGAAGAUGAUGUUGUUGAAGAUGACCUUUAUGAGGGAACUUCCAAAUCUAUGGAGGGUGUCCUUGCAGAUGAGUGCUAUGCACAAGCCAAGGAAGAAGAAUGUGAUGUAAACACAGUGUGGCAAGAUGCUGAUUCCAGUUCUGCAAUUUCAGUCGCUGCUCACCACCCAAAUGCAAAGGUUUUCAAAUGUGGUGGGCAUGUUGGACGUGCUCAUGCUAACAACCUCAAAGACAUGGCAAAAAAGAAAGAGUUCAACAUUGACUAUCAAAAGAAGUACAAGGAUAAGUUUCCACUUGUUAGUACAAGGUGCCAUUGCAAACGACAUAAAAAAAAGUGUGGCUGUUUCUCAGAAGAUUUUAUACGAAAUGCAAGAAUCAACCAUUUUUGUAUCUUGCAUCAAAGUGUUGAUGCCGCUGAUUAUGCAAGAAGAAUGACUUAUCUCUCUAAGUAUCACUGCCGUGAUAUCCACAAAUGGAAGGGUGGCUCAUGUGACUUCCAUCCGAAACGUUCUUGCACGUGCAAGAAAUGUGAUGUUGAUGCUGAGCCUAAGUGUGAAGGAAAACCCUACUCCACCAAGUGUCCACUAACCUGUGACUUCCAUUGGGUGGCAUACCAGAUUGAGUGUAGUAGAAGAGCAGAUGAUGCAAAGUCUGUUAUUCACCCAGAAAUGGGCAGGGGCCAUUCAAACCAAUGUGAAGCACAUUUCACUGUUCUGCCACAUUUCCGUGCUAAGUCACAAAGCCUAAAUAGAUUGCAUUAUAUGUGCUCAACAAAUGCAGGCCUUUGUCAAGGAAAUAUGUCCUGGUGCCAUAAAGUCAGAGGCACUUCCUAUCACUGGGUGAUUGACUUGUACGAGAGACUGGGUCUUCCCAUCAUACCUGCAGUUGUAGACGCUCUGCAAAAAGCAAAUCAACAAAGAGCCAAAGUCCUGAUGAAGCAAAAAACAGAUCAUGCAAAAGCAAAUAGAGUAAAGAUGAAAGUGGCAAGAGCUGAGGACCAGAAAGAAAGACGAAAGUGGCUGAAGCGGCAGAGUGUAAUUCAUUCAUAUGGUGGAGGGGAUGAUGAUGAUGUUGACGAUGGUGAUGGUGAAGAUCCAGAAGAAGAAGGGGAAGACGGGGAAACUGAAGCAGUUGUGACAGUUAUAAGUGGAAAGACCUGCCGAUGUGGCUCUAAAACACACAAGAGAACAUCAAAUCGCAGCUGCCCUUUUAACAGCAAAAGAUAAGAUAAGUCAUUCCACAGUGAAAUCCAUUGUAUUGGCACCUAAAAAAAUGCCAGAUUUAGCUCUUUUUGGCACAAUAUAAUUCAAAUCACAGCAAAAUUCCAGAUUCUAACACCAAAAGUUUGAAGUAAUGAUAUACACGGGUUUUCACUGUUACAGCUGCAAAGCAACAUGAAUUACUAGUCAAUGCCAUAAUUGUCAGUUGUAAUGUACUAUACAAAAAAAACGACACUUGUUGUACAUUGGUAUGUGAUAGAAAAACUGCAAAUUGCUGAGCACAUUUCAUUUAUAUAGAAUUUUUGUAUAAGCUAAAAUUAAAUCAAACAAAGAGGCAACCCAUUAUUUCACUGACAUAUAUGGCAUGGACUGUGUGAUCAUGUUUAUACCAGCAUAUCAGGUAAAACUAGUGUUUAUUCAUAACAUUAAUCAUAUUGUGCCCAAAUAUUUCUGUACAGAAAAAAUAAAGCAAAAUAAAACAAAAAACAUGUGCACUGCUCAUAUACAGCACAGUAUAGUAUGCAAUAUAGUAUGCAAUAUAAUGAACAAGAGUGUAUAUCCAAAACUAGAAAAGAGAAUCUGGAAAGCUCUAACUUCAUUUCUUCUCAUUUUAGUAUAACUUAUAGUGCAUAAAACUACUCAGACUUGAUUAUGUAGCUGUAGUUUAUUUCCGUUAUGAAAUUACAAUGUGACAUCCUUUUUGAAAUUUGGUUGGUUGUAAAUAGAAAUGGAUUGCUCAGGACUGUUUCAAUUAUACAUGUAUUAUUUUAUUGGUCAAUAACAAUUAUUGCGAGUAGUUCUUACAAAAGGCAAACCAGAAUUGUACUAACAAUGUAUUAAAGCCUAUACUAAAUACAUUGAAAUGCUUAUUUAUGACAACACGGGCAAGUGCUGCAAUGCCACCUUGCAUUGAGUCCAAGAUUGUUUUGAUGGAAUCAUAAUGUUAUAAUCAAUUGCACCUCUUUGUCAUGUACUGGUUUUUGAUAUGAUGUUUCAAAGCAACUUGGACUGCAAUUCAAGAAGCUCCACUAGCCCUAUUUUCUUUUAUAUUCUUGGUGUAAAUAGAAGUACUGAAUAAUAACUCAUACAAUGUGUAAUGUUGUCUCAGGACAGACAUUGGUAGAGAAAUCUCUCACUAUCAAGGACUAUGCUUUUGUAUUGAUCAAUAUAGCUUACGGCAUUUGUUCUAUACUAGAGUACAAACACUAGAAGUGUGCAACAUACAAUACGACUAAAUACUGCUAUACGGAUAUGAUAACUAUGUGUUCACCCUUUUUAGCAGUAAAUAGUACACAGGUGUUGCACACAUUUAAUGUUUGUACUGUAUACAAUGCAUUUGCUACUUCAACUAAAGUGGCAAAAUUCUAUAGAGUUCAAAAAAAGAUAUUUUAGAAGCAUCAUAUUUAUAUUGUUUUAUAAAAAUAAUAAAAAAAUCGCAACUACUGAGUGUUUUUCACUGACAGUGACACUCCUGUAAUAAAAUUGGGAAAUAGUUGCUAAAUACGCUAUGGAAUAAAAAACACAUUUUUUCCUUUAUCUUGGCCAUUUGGCAUUCACCAAAUCUUGUAGUGUUAUUUCGUAAACCUAUAAGAAAAGAAACACUAAGUUAAAUAGCAGUAAGGAAAUGAGUGGCUCAAGUGAAGUUAUUGUGA